CAGCAUUAACGAACGCUGAGUUUAUUCAAGAGUCGAGAAUAUCAAAAUCAGUUUCCAGCAAGCACAACAUAUUUCAAGCAAUGACUGCAGAAUCACAAGUGUUUCGUUUUACGUGAACACGGCGAAUUUGGUUCAUUGACCUCGAGUUCAUUGAGCUGCCUAUGGUUUUGUUGCCGGAUACCUGAAUACUUAUUCCAUACUGCGCUAGUCUACACCUUGUAACAAUGAAGCUUUUAUCAAAACAUAUUGAAAGAGACUCUUCUGGAACUGUCACUUUGGUUCCAGAAGAAGGCGAGGACAUGUGGCAUACAUACAACCUGCUUUGUGCUGGGGAUCAACUCAAGGCAUCCACUGUUCGUCGAAUUGUAUCAGAGAGCUCUACAGGCAGCACUGACAAAUCUUCGGUUCGGAUUCAAUUGACUGUGUCUGUUGAAGAUGUGUAUUUUGAUACUCAAGCAGCCGUACUCCGAGUCAAUGGCAGAAAUAUUGUUGAAAACAAACAUGUCAAGCUGGGUGCUUAUCACACUAUUGAUUUGGAGCUCAAUCGACCCUACACACUUGGAAAACAAGAGUGGGAUAUUAUUUCUCUGGAGCGUAUAGAGAAUGCAUGCGAUGUAUCCAAACGCGCUGAUAUUGCAGCAGUUGUUCUUCAAGAAGGAUUUGCAAAUGUAUGCCUGGUGACUGAAAACAUGACAGUUGUUCGACAGCGAAUAGAAACUAAUAUUCCUCGAAAGCGACGAGGCACUACGACCGAUCACGAUAAGGGGCUCAAUCGCUUUUAUGAUCAGAUCAUGCAAGCUGUUAUUCGUCAUGUUGAUUUUACUAUUGUCAAGGCAUUGCUGAUUGCUAGUCCUGGGUUUGUCAAGGAUAAUUUUUACAAGUAUUUGAUGGAGAAUGCCAUCAAAAUGAACAGCAAAGUGCUUUUGGAAAACAAGAGUAAAAUUGUGCUGGUUCAUUGCUCAUCGGGUCAUAAGCAUGCACUAGCUGAAAUCCUGCAGGAACCUGCAAUCCAAACUCGACUAAGUGAUACAAAAUACGCAUGCGAGUUGCGUACUCUUGAAAACUUUUACAAAAUGUUAUUUAAUGAGCCCGCCAAAGCAUUCUAUGGAGUACGCCAUGUUUUGAAAGCAGCAGAGCGUAAUGCGAUUGCUUCAUUGAUGAUUACUGAUGGAUUGUUUCGAUCUGCUAAUGUAACGGAACGAAAGAAAUAUAUCAACCUGGUUGAAACGGUGCGUGCAGCAGGUGGAAAUGUGUUGAUUUUUUCAUCACUUCAUACGUCUGGAGAGCAGCUUACACAGUUGACUGGUGUUGCAGCCAUAUUGCAUUUUCCAUUACCUGAUAUUGAAGAGGAAGUCGAAAUAGAGGAAGAAGCUGAACGGCGUGCAGCACAAGGUGUUCUUGGACCACGACCAGAGGAUGAUGAUGUUGAAGAAGAUCUGACAAUUUCGCUUGGUUCUUGAAUUGUGUUUUUUAACAAUUGAAGUAUUGAUUGCAUUUACAUUUAUCCACGUAAAAUGGAUCACUAAAUAGGUGCCAGAAUACAUAAUAAACGGCCAAUCUCAUGUC